CAUACAUCGUGUCGUACCGUACCGGUAGGUGGCUGUGAGAGCUGUGACAUUCUCGUGUUGCUGACCCGGCGCUGCGGGUUCGGUAAUUACAACAACAAGUGACGACUCAGUCAUCACAAAAGUACCGGCAUGUCUUUUUGUGACCUCAAAGGGUCUUGGGAAAUAAGGUUGCUUUCUUUGAAAUGUCCAGAAAAAUUGCGAACCAAAUCCGAAAGAGGUUCUCAUCACUAUCCAGCCCAGCAACAACAACACAAAAAACAACAACGACGAGCAAUCAGGUGACUGAGAAGUCUGGGGAUGGCACUUCGCAGCAGCCACAACACAACACAACACAACACAACAACAUACAAGAUCGAAUGAAGCAAAGCUCCUUGCGAGGAAGAUGCCCAACACAGAAUUGUGCUAGCUAGCUAGAAACCCAACAGACCCCAUCAAUCUAUAUAUAUAUAUAUCUUUCUGCGAAGCCCUCCAGCAUAACGAACUGCCAAUGAUGCGAACGCGUCCAUGCACUCUCCUGUUCCUGUCGGGUCUGCUGUUGGCACUGCAUGUCUCUGUUAGUCGAGGGACCAUUGAAGCGGAUGGUGCCUGCAGCGUGCUGACCAUGGUGCCCUUCACCGACCAAACCAGAACCCAACGUUUACCUCCGCCAAAUAGCAACAACAACAACAAUGAAACCAGCAGCAAUAGUGUUCCAAGUUAUCCACGAUGGCCCCCCACUCUGCUUGCAAACUAUGCAUACAGCUACAUGGCCGCCGCCCAAUUGGCCAUGGAUCAUUUUAAUGCACGAGACACCACCGUGGUACCGGAAUUGUCCCAGUUGCAGGACUGUGCCGUCUAUUUUCCACCACAAGUCGUUGUCGAUUCCGGCUUUCAAGAUACCCGUGCCGUCAUGAGUGUCUUGACGGGUCAUCACGGGGGUCUCAUUCAAUCGUUGAAAGAAAAAAUGCGACCACCACCACAACGACAACUCGCCACACUACAAACGCAGAGACGGCAACAACAGCAACAGAAUCCUCCACCACCAAAUAGCGACAACAAUCCACUCCACGAUGCUGCUUGUCCCGAUGUGGCAGGCUUGGUGGAUCAAUUACUCCCGCGCUAUUGUGCCAUUUUAGGACCUCGUAGUGAUCGAUCGGUCAAUCAAGUCGCGGCCCUGACGGGAGCCCUGGACAUUCCACAACUCUUGUAUGGGUCGCAAAGCCCCAUGGCGAUCGAUCCAACCCAGACCACGUCCACCAUUGGUGUCAACUUGUCCGUGGAGGGUCGUGCCAAGGCAAUCGUCUCGUACUUACAGCGUCAACAAGGACAAGACGAACUACAACGCAACUAUUUGGCCAUGGUGUACAGAGAAAAUCCACUGUUUGGGGGAUUGGAACGGAGCUUGCGGGAGUUUGGGAAAGACAUGGGACUGAAAGUCGUCUCUGUGGAAGCCGACGGAGGUCCGGGAGGGAGUCGCCUGGAAGCGGCGCGAAAAACCGUGGAAAAAGUGCACCGAACGGGUAUCAAGACGGUAUUGUUGGCAUUGGAUGACCCGGCAGAUCUGGCCAAUAAUUAUGCCGUGGCAUUGCAAGAACAAGGCAUGUUUACAAAGGAUAACAUUUAUCUGCUAUUGGAAGAAGCCGUCGGUACCAGUGAUGAUAGCCUGGCCGAGAUUUUUGGAAUGCAAGAACCGAACAGUCCCAUUGACAAUCUGCUGAAUGGUGCCGUGGUGAUUAGUGCCGCGGAACGGGUCGUUAAUGAUGACACGGAGCAGGAGGAUCCCUUUAUGACAGCCUGGAAGACGCAGAAUGCUUCCAUGGUGGAAUACUUGAAUGAAUUGGCGCCUGUCGAUGAUACCACUGGUGAAAAACUAUUUCAAGCAGAGCCGUCGUAUUUCCAGGACACCAAACCAGAACCAAUGGCGUCCUUUAUCUAUGAUUCCGUCAUGGCUGCGGGAUUUGGGGCAUGUGCAUACAAUGGGGAAAAGCCGCCUCGUCCACAAGAAGAAGGUCAGCAGCAGCAGCGACCACCACAACUGCCGGAAGUGGAGGAGGAAGUUCCGCCACAGGAAGUUCAGGAGCUAGCAACUCAAUUACCGCCAGUGGGGGAACUACCAGAGCAAAUAAUACAGCAAGGAGCAACUCAAUUACCGCCGGUGGAGGAGGAUGAGCUUCAAUCUCCUCCGCAAAGUCAGGAUGUAGCGACUCAAAUACCUCCAGUGGAUGAAGGGCAACUACCACCGCCUCCUCAGGAUGGUCAGCAGCUGCCGUCACAAAUGCCAGAGGGACAACAACUCCAACCUCCCCCACAGCAAGGGCAGCAGCUGCCGCCACAAAUGCCAGAGGGACAACAACCCCCUCCUCCUCCGCAAGGAGAGCAGCCACCACAACAACAAGGUCAAGGAGCAAUCCCACCUCCUGGCGAUGUCAGGAUGCUGCGGCUUGUUCCACCAGCAGAAGAGAUUGACCCCGAUCUUGGUUACAUCCCCACUGUUGAGAGACUGUUUCGCAGGAUAAGCUCCGCCUUCUCGUCGAUGGAGCAAUCAUUGUACUUUACCACCGAAAACGAAACAGAUCAUGUGUCGAGAGUGCAAGUGUCCUACAACGAUACAUACGGAUACCCGCAGCGCGUUCUGAUUGUCUACGAACGUGUAGUGGAAGCGGAAGCAAACGAAAGUGCAACUACUUAUGAUGAUACGUACUUUGCUACCGUCACAGAUUUGGUUUCGGUAGAGGGAUCGGACAACAGAACAGGCUCCACCCCGGCUCCGUCCAUAAAAGCAUCGACAGCCAUCACGACCGGUGAGGAUCUGACAGAGUCCCAGCAAGUCUUUUCUGAUGCGGUGGACUUGUGGAACUCGCACGAUCUUCGGGAAUACACGUUCCAAUAUGAUUUAUUCUUUGACAGUGUCUCGUCGAUGGCUGAAGCCAACCGACAAACAACGCCAUACCCAUGGACUAUUGUUGUCCGUGGUGAACAAGUGGCAUCCGUUACAGAUUCCAACGGAACCUUGCUCCUGUCUCCAGAUCCUCCCUCGCCUGGCAACGCUCUGGCCAGCAAUAACAGCAGCAACAAUCCCACCUUGAAUGAAACUUUGAACGCUAGUUCGACUACAGAGCCCUCGGUUGCGCCAUCCUUGGCGCCGCCCACAGAAAUGCCAUCAAUUGCUAACGCAGCCGUUACAACCUCCGUUACGACGGCAACGCUCGCACCAAUUGUCACACAAUCAAGUGCACCCGAGGGCCUGAGUGAGAACCAAGGAAGCGGGUCAACAAAUGUGGCGCCCGACAACAACGCGCCACCCUUGGGGAUGCCGGGGCCGCAAAAUGGAGGAGGAACAGGCAUGCAAAGGACUCUCGUUACUUUUAUUUUGGAAUCAGCAUUCACCGGCGCUUCAGGGAGGGUUGGCUUUGGUGCCGAAGCCCCGAGAGGCCGUGACACAGAAGGCGUGACGUCUGGCGCCUUCAAUAUUCGCCCGUCAUCAAACUCUGGGUCUGGACUCAGGACAUACACCUCGACACUGACGUCCUACACCGUCCUACCAAACCUCACCGAAUCAAACGAGUGGAAACGAGUCCCUAACGAGACCUUUGUUUACCGUGAUGGUGACACUGCACCCCCCACUCUCCUGAGGGAGAUACACAAAGAAAACUUCUUGUCAAAACCAGUCCAUAUCGUCGGCAUGACGCUGUUUGCCACCGCUUUGUUCUUGUCCAUGGUUGCUGCUAGUGGUGUGCGGUAUCUCUCAGAUGAUCGAGUAGUGAGAUGUAGCCAGCCGCCCUUUCUGUAUCUGCUUUGUUUUGGAUCUGCGAUGAUGAGUGCUGCCAUCUUCACUCUAUCUUGGGACGAGAGCUACGGCUGGAGCCAGCAACAGCUUGACGUUGCAUGCACCUUGACGCCUUGGUUCUUCUUUGUGGGCCAUCUUCUUUGCUUCAGUUCUCUCUUUACUAAGCUUUGGAGAGUGGACAAGGUCCUCCAGUUCAGCAGGCGCAAGGUCAAGAUUGUGCAAGUCAUCGUGCCGCUUGUCCUCCUCCUUCUUGCUGCAGUAAUUGUUCUAUCGGUGUGGACCGCAAUUGACCCGUGGGUUUGGGAGAGAUCACUUAUCAACGAAAGUCCUCCCGAGACAUACGGCGAAUGUACAAGCGAACACACCAGUGUAUUCUUCUUCCUUCUGGCGGGCCUCAUGGUCUUGGGAAAAGUAGCCACUGCAGCCAUGGCUUGGAAAACUGCUGAUAUUCCCCAAGACUUCAGCGACACCAGUUCUGUCUUCUAUGCCCUCUCUACUCACCUCCAGGCUUGGUUCAUCGGUCUACCUAUACUGGUCGUGCUUGGAAAUGACUCGGUCGAUGCGACUUACUUUGGCCGCGUCCUUUUGAUUUGGGUCUUCUCAGUGUCCGGGGUAUCUCUCGUAGUUCUUCCCAAGAUUGUGAAGGCUGUGCGGAUCCGGAUGAAUCCACAUGCAGGCCGGGCGGAUCGAGUGAGAGUGACAAUUUCUGGGAUGAGUGCUCCACCAACGAACAGCAGAGCCUCCCACACUGCUAUGCAUCAAAGCCAAGCGUUGUCAGGGAAGCCGGAAUCACAAGAAGCAGCACGGAAUUGAUCGGUGCAAAUGUCACAAGGUGGCCCGCUUGCAGGCCAGUACACCGUGUAGUAUUGGGCUAACUAUUAAAAUGGGCCUCGAAAGAAUCACUUCUGAUCUUGCUUGGUACAGUAUUUGGGU